AUGGCGCUUCCUGACUGGAUGGUAACGCUGGUUGCCACCGCAUCCUUCUUCUGUUUCUUAUGUUUAUGUGUUCGCUACAGACGCAAAGCACAGGUGCUGUGGAGAAAGGUAUUCAGCAAAAUAAUGGCCCGCACAGAGAAGCCGUUGUUCCGAAUCGCGUACACACUCUACACUAGGACCAGACUUGGCUACUUAUACUACAAGAGACAAAUGAGGAAAGCCCGAGAACAGUACCCUGCUGGACACUCCACAGCUCAGCCAAUGGAGUUCAAUGGUAUUAAAAUUAUUCCCAUUCCGGUACUUUCUGACAACUACAGCUACCUUGUGAUUGACACGGCCUCCAGUGUUGCAGUUGUUGUAGAUCCUGCAGACCCUCAAAAAGUUCAGGCAGUCCUUGAGGAAGAGGGAGUGACUCUAGAAGCAAUACUCUGCACACACAAGCAUUGGGAUCACAGUGGGGGAAACAAAGCACUGAAAAGGAUUCACAGCUCAUGCAGAGUAUACGGAAACCCAACUGAUAACAUUCCUGGCCUCACGCACCCUCUCUCACACAAGGAUACGUUAACAGUGGGCCGUCUGCACUUUAAAGCCCUCUUCACUCCCGGACACACAGUGGGUCACAUGAUCUACCUCCUGGAUGGCCGGACGGUCGACGCCCCAUCCAGCCUCUUCUCCGGUGACCUGGUGUUCCUCUCUGGAUGUGGGAGAAUGUUUGAAGGCAGUGCCACAACAAUGCUGUCAUCUCUGGACACGGUCGCCUCCUUAAGUGAUGAAACUUUAUUAUGGCCUGGUCAUGAAUAUGCUGAGGACAACCUCCUGUUUGCUGCUGAGGUCGAGCCUCGUAACACUGCCAGGGAAAACAAAUCUCAGUGGGUGCUGCUGCAGCGGGCCCAGAAGCUGUGUACGAGUCCCUCCACUAUCGGAGAUGAGAAGCAGUACAAUCCUUUCUUGCGGAGCCAAUCUGAGGACCUCCAUCAGGCCCUGGGCGUCCAGCAGUUCCAGGAUGAGGACUGGACCCAGUUCAGGGCAAGGGUGCUGGAGGAGCUGCGAAAACGCAAAGACCUCUUUAACAGGAGAUAGUACUGGAAACAUUAAGCAGCUAAACACCUGGACUGGACAGUGGUACAAUGUGAAGCUGAGGUACUGAACUGAAAAGGCUAAGUAUGUUUAGAAUGACUCCUUUUGUAAUUUUAAGGGGCAUUAAGUAAUUUGUUGAGCUUUUAUCAAUCUAAAUCAGACCACUAAGAACCUAUUCAUUAUUACAUAAUACUUUUCAAUAACCUCCUCUCCACAUACUGUAUUUUAUGCUAAUUUUGUGAUUAUAAACAAAACAUGUAUUGUUUCUUUAAUUCAAAGACCUAAAUAGUAAUGUAAGUGUGCAUGAGUAACUUUUAGUUAUGUGAGGUACAAGCACAUUUUUGAUUACUGUGUGUGAAACGGGUCUGGAUUCUACAUGGGUUACUUUUAUUUUAAGGGCAAGUAGAAUAUUGUUUUUAAAUCCUACAUAUACAUCCUACAUAUACAGUGUUGCAGGAGGGUCACUAUUCCAUGGAUGUUGUAAUUUUUGUAUUUGAGUGUUUGUGAAUAUUUAAUUUUGGUACAGUUAAUUUAAGAAAUUACAAACACCGUUUGCUGUUUACUGUUAGUUUGUAAUAGAACGUUGUACAGUAGAACGUCAGUACACUUUUAUGUGAAUUUUUGUUUUAUGAAGAGCUUUUUAAAAGUUAACUUAAAUCUUCAAAGUGAUGCUGACACUUAUGCUUUACAAUGCAUGUGAUUAAACUACUAGCCUUGUGUUUUUUUUCAUUUUUGGCCCCCACAAGAUGUAGAACACAUGCUUUCCACUUUUGCUGAACCAGUUGUUCCACAUUUAGAAUUGUAUUUGUAAUUGUAAGUGUUCAUAUUGCACAGCGUGAACAUGAUCAGCAAUAAAUGUGAUAGAUUUGAUCGCCUCGUAUUGAUAUGGAUCAGACAUGACUGAAUGGCGGUUAAAAAAAUGAUUUUCUUUUUAUGUCAACCUUCGGAAUAUAGAUAAUUAAAUGUACAGGGUGAUUUUCAAUCAAGCAAUUGUAGGCAUGAGCUAUGUUCUGCAAUCACUUCCCACUGUUGAUAAAAAUGUGUAAUAGUAAGUCGGUGAUGGAAAGACCUUUAAUUUUUUUGUAGAAUCGGUUUGACCUUGACUGUGGUAAUCGGUUCAGAAAGAAUCUUUUUAUAGCCAAUUUGAAAACCAAAAUUGUACAUAUUAUUUUCAUAUAUUUAAGGAUUUAUUAUACUGUGACAAUACAAUGGACAAAUUAUUUCAGUAUAAUAAACAAUCUUCUUCCUACA